GUUUCCCCAUCCCCUGGUGUUGGGCCCUCCAGGCAUGCACUCUACAGGCAUCCCCCAUCCUGCUAUUGUGAGUGCUUCAGGCAAACCAGACAUGAAUCAAUAUGACAGUGGGCUGAGAUCCAUGAAACCUAAUCCUGAACCAAAAAGGGAAAAAGAGAGUAAAAAGCCUACUAUCAAAAAACCUCUCAAUGCAUUUAUGCUUUACAUGAAAGAAAUGAGGGCAAAAGUUGUAGCUGAGUGCACUCUGAAAGAGAGCGCAGCCAUCAAUCAAAUCUUGGGUCGAAGAUGGCAUGCUCUCUCUCGUGAAGAACAGGCAAAGUACUAUGAAUUGGCAAGGAAAGAACGACAACUACACAUGCAACUUUAUCCAGGCUGGUCUGCCAGGGAUAACUAUGGUAAAAAGAAAAGGAGGAAAAGAGAAAAGCAGCAAGACUCUGACCCAGAUUCAAACACCGCAAUGAUGUGUCGCCCAUUGUUCGAACUUGAUCUGCAGUAGAUGCGGUGCCUCCCCUGCAGG